CCUAAUAUGAACUCUCACACACCUGCCCCAUUUCCGGGGCGAUUUGGAAGGUCUAACCAACUUGCACGGCCGCGGGAUUCCUCCGCAGAGCGCGCGCCUUCUGAUGAAAGUUAUGAUAAGAUUCCCGACGAGGAACAAGAACACAUCGAUGAGGUCUUUGACUUAAUGGAUAUGAAAAAGAAAGGGUGGCUGAAUAGCUAUGAAUUUAAACACUCGCUCGCUGCGCUCGGCUUCGACAUGUCUAAACCCGACUACUGCAGAAAACUAGAAGACUACGGCAUAGUACCGCCCGACUGGCAAGACCCUCACAGCUGUCCAGUUAACCGCCUUCUCAUCUACCACGACCAGUUCCAACUAUGCGCCGUAAAGCUUAUUGCCCAACGAGACCCGCGUGAGGAGGCUAUUAAAGUGUUCAACAUGUUCGACUACGACCAGGACGGCAUCAUCUCGGUCGAAGAUAUGAGGCAUCUAGCUCAAGACAUCAAGGAGGAACGCACAAUGACGGAUGAAGAGAUCCAGACCAUGAUAGAGCAUCUCGACCACGACGGCAAGGGCGGGGUGAAUCUUGAAGAGUUUAUACAGAUGAUGAUGGAAUCAUAAUAGUUUGACAUUAUAUAAAAUAAG